AUGGGAGCUAGGAGAGUUAACUUGGAAGAUAUAGAUGUUGAUAUUGACUACACCGUUGCUGGUCAGGAAGAAAAUGUUGGCACCGCCCUAAGAAGAUUGGAAUUCCAACGACAACAGAGAUUGCAACUGGUACCCACCGAUGAUCUCGAGGUCCGUACUGUGUUAGGUUUGCUAAACGAACCAGAAGAAACUCUCAACGAGGAUAAAUUUAGUCGAAGAGAACGACUAGCAGAAUUACUAUUCAAUAACGAAGAACAUUUGAAUACUUACAAGAAUUCAAGUCUUUAUCAUGGGCAUAGUAACCCAGAUCCUAUCAGCAGCACAGAUGGAAGUAAAAUAGAGGAAGAAGAUGAAGAUUUCUAUACCCCUGCUACUGCUAAAUUGAUAGAAGCAAGAAAAUUUAUCCUGCCUUACUCUAUUGAUAGAUCCAUGAAACGUCUUCAAUCAAUGAAGGAAAGGGCAUUAAACUUUGACAUAGGAAAAGAGAUAAACACAAGGAGACAACUCAACCAACAUUUGGAAAAAAUGCAGUUGGUAGGUUCACAGAUCGUAUCUAUAAGGCCAAUAUCGAAGGUCUGUUUAAUGUCGGAUAAUGCCUUAUGUGCCACGGGAAGUUGGGCUGGAGAUAUUAAAAUUUUGGAUACCAAAACAUUAGAUGUAAUCUCUGGUAUUGAGAAUGGUCACGAUGGGAAAAUUGGUGGUCUUGCUUGGAACAGUACAAAUACACAUCUGGUUUCAGGUGCUGACGAUUGCCUGGUUAAAAUACAUUCUUUUGAUCCUGAUGUAAAGAUAAUAAAGGAGUUGACGGCGUUGCAGGGUCAUACUGGACGUGUAGUAAAUGUAGAUUUCCAUCCUUCUGGACGAUUCGUUGCUAGUGCUUCAUUUGAUAUGACCUGGAGGUUGUGGGAUAUAGAAAGUGAAACUGAAUUACAAUUUCAAGAAGGUCAUGGUAAAGAAGUUUAUUCCUUGUCAUUUCAAAAUGAUGGCGCCCUUCUUUGUAGCGGUGGGCUUGAUAAUGCUGCAAUAGUAUGGGACGUUAGAACUGGAAAAUCAAUUAUGAACCUACAAGGUCAUGCAAAACCUAUAUAUUCAGUGGAUUGGUCACCUGACGGCUAUCAUAUUGCAACCGGUGGUGGAGAUGGGGUUAUAAAUAUAUGGGAUAUAAGAAAAACGACGGAAACUACCAGACUUCUUGCACAUAAUAAUAUCGUUACUGGAGUACGCUUCCAGAAAUCUACUGGUCAUUGCUUGGUGUCGUGCGGUUAUGACAAGCAGAUCCGUAUAUACAGUUCUGAUAACUGGAUUCAAGUAAAAACAUUGGAAGGACAUACAGAUAAGAUUCUAGAUGUGGAUAUCUCCGAAGAUGCUCAAUUAAUUGUUAGCAGCGGUUGGGAUCGAUCGUUGAAGUUGUGGAAACAAGAGUAG